UCUCAUUGUCAUUGUCAAAAACAAAACCAACUUUUUCUCUUCACUCUUUCACUACUAUUAUUUCUCUCUUCAUUCAUAUUAACAGAUCUAAAUGGCAACUAUCACAUCCGUUAAGGCCCGUCAGAUCUUUGACAGUCGUGGUAAUCCAACGGUCGAGGUUGAUGUAUCUUGCUCAAAUGGUGUAUUUGCUAGAGCUGCUGUUCCUAGUGGUGCAUCCACAGGAGUCUAUGAAGCCCUUGAAUUGAGGGAUGGAGGAUCUGACUACCUCGGAAAGGGUGUUUCAAAGGCUGUUAACAAUGUCAACUCAAUUAUUGGCCCUGCUCUCAUCGGAAAGAACCCAACUGAUCAAACUGCUCUUGAUAACUUCAUGGUUCAUGAGUUAGAUGGAACUCAAAACGAGUGGGGUUGGUGCAAACAAAAGCUUGGUGCAAAUGCUAUCCUUGCUGUGUCACUUGCUGUGUGUAAAGCUGGUGCUGCUGUCAGGAAUGUUCCACUUUACAAGCACAUUGCUGACCUGGCUGGUAACAAAAAGUUGGUAUUGCCAGUUCCCGCCUUCAAUGUGAUUAACGGUGGAUCUCAUGCUGGAAACAAACUGGCAAUGCAGGAAUUCAUGAUCUUGCCUGUUGGAGCUGCUAAUUUCAAGGAGGCCAUGAAGAUGGGCUCUGAAAUCUAUCAUCAUUUGAAGGCUGUGAUUAAGAAGAAAUAUGGUCAGGAUGCCACAAAUGUCGGUGAUGAGGGUGGUUUUGCUCCUAAUAUCCAGGAGAACAAGGAAGGUCUUGAAUUGCUCAAGACAGCCAUUGAGAAAGCCGGUUAUACCGGAAAGGUGGUCAUUGGAAUGGAUGUUGCUGCAUCUGAAUUCUACCUGAAGGACAAAUCUUAUGACCUGAACUUCAAAGAAGAGAACAAUGAUGGCAAAGCAAAGAUUUCAGGUGACCAACUCAAGGAUUUAUACAAGUCAUUUGUGUCUGAGUACCCUAUUGUUUCAAUCGAAGAUCCAUUUGACCAAGAUGACUGGGAGCACUAUGCUAAGAUGACUACUGAGAUGGGAGAACAAGUACAGAUUGUUGGAGAUGAUCUCCUUGUCACCAACCCUAAGAGGGUUGCCAAGGCAAUUGCAGAGAAGUCUUGCAAUGCACUUCUUCUCAAGGUUAACCAAAUUGGCAGUGUGACCGAGAGUAUUGAAGCUGUGAAAAUGUCUAAGAAGGCAGGUUGGGGUGUAAUGACCAGUCACCGCAGUGGAGAAACCGAAGAUACCUUCAUUGCUGAUCUUGCUGUCGGUUUGUCAACGGGACAAAUCAAGACUGGAGCUCCUUGCAGGUCAGAGCGUCUCGCCAAGUACAACCAGCUCUUGAGGAUCGAAGAGGAACUUGGAUCAGAGGCCGUAUACGCAGGAGCAAGCUUCCGCAUGCCCGUCGAGCCCUACUAAAAUCUCAAGUGUUAAAAUGUGGAGAUGUGGAAGGUGCUUGUUCUGCCAAAUAAAUCCCUUUGUAGGAUUGGGUGGGUCAUUUUAGGAUAGUAUAUGACCCUUUCUAAAAUAAUAGCAGACUCGAAACCGUUUUUGUUUUGUGAGGUUUUAUUAGGUUCUGAACUGUGUAAGAGUUCUUUUUUAAAGGCUUGUGAGCAUGUCUCGUUUUUGACUGCUGGUUCUGUAAAACUUUGAUAUGCAGUUUUUCGUAUUUUCUGAUUAAAUAUUUUGAUGGUUUUGGUUUUC